UCCCCAGGGCUGUAGCAAUAAGGACCAUGUAUGAGGCCAGAAACUGGAGCUACCAGGUUCAACAUGGAGCUGUGUGGGGCAACCAGGAGUUAGCCUGUCUGGUCUGUACUCUGCUCCUCCUGCUCUGGAGCUGGGAAACCAGACACUGAAAGUUCAGAUCAGCUGUGUCCCUCGUUGGACAAGUUUGGAGUUGACUCUGGAGCGCUCAUUACAGGGCAGACUAGACAAUGUGCUCCUGGGCUGGACAAGGCAUGGACGACCGGAGCAGGUCAGAGCUCUGAGCUGGUGGAGUUGCUCGGAGGAAAUGAAUGAGACCAAACUGGAGCUGAAACAGCCCUUCUCCUCCACACUCGGCCAGAUGAGCCUUCACAGUCGGACACACUCGUCAGACAAAGAACAACACAGCAGUCAUACAACCCACCUGUCGUGGAACAGCACAGUCCCCAUCAACAUCUCCAUCAACCUGAACAAACAGUGGAAGAACAACUCCAGCAGUAGGCAGGCUUGUGCUCAGUUUACAGCACAACAGAUGGCAGUGUCCUUGGUAAAAGGCUGUGUGUCGGUGGGUCAGGAGGGAAACUCAUUUUCCCAAAACGCAGAGUUGAGAUGGGACAACAGGAGCAUUGAGGAGGGAAUGAAGUACCAGAAGGGUCUGCAGGGUAUGCACAGCCUCCAGCUUAACAUCGACUUGGACAAAGUGUCUCCUGCACCCUGUCCUUCACACACCCUCCACACAAAGGUCCAGACGAACUUGAGGGAUCAUUUGGAGCACAUGGUGCUGCUGGGCCUCUGCCCCCCUCAGCCUACUUUGUUGUGGUCAGGAUCCCACAGAGUGAGGUCAGGAGAGGAGCUGUUUUACAAUCAGUCUCGCCUAUCAGUAACAGGACGGCCCCACCAGUGCAGCCUCACCUUGGCUCUGACCAACUCAUCCACAGCACAGGGCUCCAACAUGUCUCUGUUCUCUGAGUCUAGGAUUGGCAAUUGGAGCAUAGAUGUUGGUGGCAGUGCUCUGUCUUGGCUUGGGGGGACUGGACUACAAGUGCAGGCCAGACUGGGCCGCAGUGAGACGAUCUGGGUAAAUGGGAGUGUCGAGGGUCGAUUGUCUGAGAACCACGGGGGGCUACAUGAACGGUCAGGCCUGAAUGAGGACAUCACCGUUUGCAGCAUGUGUGGGGACAAAUCCAAGUUGAUGCUGGAUGUGCAGGAAAAGAGACAGCAGCAGAAAAGCUGA